AUGCCCGCCACAACGCGCGUCAGCGGUAUGGCACCGGUCAUGACGCUCGCGCUCGCGGUCCCUACCGGUCCCUUGAGCCCGCAAACCACGACCGUCAAUGCCUCCACCAGCUUUGCGCUUAACACCGUCGGAUCGUUUAUCGUUACCGCCCGGGAUACGAAGGGUUUAGUCAGGAGUCAGGAGCUGGAUGCGCCCCGCUUCAGCGUAACGGCGGACCACGGGAUAACCGGGGCGUCGUUUGCGGACCGGUGGGACGGAACGUACGGAUGCCAGUUCGUGCCGACCGAGACGGCGCGCUACGUGUUCACAGUCUACAUUGACCAGGCUCCGUUCGCCUCCUUCCAAGCUGACGUUAUCGCCAACUCGGGCGACGCCGCCAAGUUCUUUGUACAGGGCGGCGUCACGGGGACCGUCGGCCAACCGGUCCCCUUCGCCGUCGGACCGACUACUUCCGACUACAAGGCCGUUAACUCGUUUGCCCUGGCCUCUAACCCGGUGGUUACAGCCUUAACCGUUCCACCGGGCGCCCCAGCCCCUUUCGUUUCGAGCAACUGCGCCAAUACGACGCGCACAAACCCGGGGUGCAGUUUUGGGUUUGCACCGACAAUAGCCGGACAGUAUGACGUGUCCGUCACCCUGGGCCCGAACCAGGUUAGCAAAAGCCCGCUUAGGGUAAGCGUCGCCCCGGGGCCCCCUUCGGCAAACCUGUCGGUAAUAACCGCGCCCCCUGGUCCAGUCCCUGUGGGACAAAAUUGCACUUUCGCAGUGUCGCUCGUCGAUGCGUUCGGUAACCCGACCCAGGGUCUCAUUAUGAGCACCGUUCUGGUUCCCACCGCCGGGGCGUCGACCGGCGGAGGAAAGUUCGAGGUUACAGCGAACGAGCCCAACCCUUCCCCAUUGUCUUUCCUGCAAUCUAGCAGUUACGCGUCCCAGUACACAGUAACCGCUAUAGGAGUUACUGCGCGCGGGGACUAUUUCCUCAGGGUGCUUCUCCGGUCCGCAUCUUCCGCUGGCCCCGGAUCCUUGCUGACGCAAGCCAGCGUGGACAGCCCGGUUUUCACGGUCCAGGGAGGGAUCCCCGACGCGCGCCGAAUCGCGGCCGGGUUGCAAGGGAACGCGCUUCUCGACAGCACGGCGGGCGAUAACCUGACGCUCGCCGCAUCCGUCUUCGAUUCCUACAACAACUUUCUGACGCAGAGUGACGUCUCCGGCGCUUCCGUCACUCUGACGCUGUCCCAGGGCGGCAAACCGGUCGUCUCGCAGGCGCUGACGUGGACCGGGCCCCGGCUCGUGGCGAACCCUUUCGUGCUUACGGGGGCGGGCACGGACGCCUACGGCAACCCGACCAGCUCAGCCGUCAGCCCGGAAAAGCUCUUCGUCAACAGCUGCCUCCAGCGGAAAGUUACCGGCGGAACCUUGUGCACCGGAAUCUAUUCCGUCCAGAGUUCCGCAUCCCCAGGACUGUACACUAUUUCUUACCUGCUCAAUGAUGCGGCGAGAUAUAGCGUCAUUCUUUACGUCAACUCUGUGGCGGCUCCUAACAUCCCUGGAUACUUCAUCGUAUCGCCGGGCGAUGCCGCCGCUGUGACGCUGUCCGGCGCCGGAACGUCCGGCGGAACCGUGGGCGCGAGCAGGGACAUUUACAUUGUCGUCAAGGACAAGUACAACAACAUCCGGACAGGUGGCAACGCCACAUUGGACCAGCUGGCCGUGAGCAUCACGCUUACGACCGGCAAAGUCAUCAAGCUCGUCCAAAACGUGCCGUUCCAGGGCCCCACUUUUGACCCCGUCAACGGCCGCUACGUCGUCAAUUACUCGGCGACCGCAGUCGGGCUCUUGAGCAUCAACGUCCUGAUUGGCGGGACGGGUGGGCGAACCCUGAUAUUGCCAAUUGCCGGCGGUCCGACCAGCGCCGCUCUGUCGCGUUUGGGCGGUACAGGGCUCGCUGGCAGCGUGGCGAACGUCACCAGUGACGUCAUCAUCACAGCUGUCGACCAACUUGGCUUUGUCAAGACGACCGGCGGCGACCCGUUCUCCGUCCGCCUUCUCGACACGUCAUGCCCGCCCGACCAGUGCUCCGCCUACGUCAGCGACAACGCCGACGGCACAUACGCGCUGCGGUACAAGUUCGCACAGCCCGGUACGUACCGCAUGGACGUCACGCUCAGCGGCCAGGCGGUGGGGUCCGGUACCAACGUCAGCAGCCCCGUCACACUUACCAUCCUGAGCGCCUCUGCCAGCCGCCCCAUCGACCUUCUGAAGACUUCCGUUUCCGGCGACGGCCUGGCCGGAACGGUGGCCGGAGCCCUGGCGAGCUUCCUCGUCACCACGUACGACUCGUCGGCCAUCCGGCUCUUCCAGGGGGGGGCCGUUUUCAAGCUGCAAAUGACCCCCAGCGUCAGCAACCGGGUGCAGAGCGCCCCCAAAACCGCAGUCACGGACAACAACAACGGAACGUAUACGAUAUCCUACUCCACUGCUGGGGCCGGAACAUACGCUAUGAGCCUUUUUGGUGGGACCACCGGGAAUACAUCCAUCCCCGCCCUUUCCGGCGCCACCGUAACCGUUCUCCCCGGUCCGACGGUCGCCGCCAAAACCACAGUGGCCCCGUUCACACCGAAGUCCGUCAUCGCCGGACAGUUGGCCCAAGCGCUUAUCUCCCCCGCGGACGCUCUCGGCAAUCUGGUGACGUAUACCGGCAACUAUCCGGCGAGCAGCGACCAGUUCAUCGUGCAAGCCAUACCGGGCCCGAAUGCGCUGGGUUACUCCAAAAACUUCACCGUAACCACCGUGGUUAACCAGACGUACCUGGCAACGGUCAACGUAACCGACAUCGUCGGGAACGUCCAGUUAACCGUUCUGCUCGCCGGGAAGCCCAUCGCAACCGGGGCGUUCACGGUAGCCGUUGCGGCGGGGCGGAGCGUUAACCCGUGGGUUUCCGUUUCCGGAACCGGCCCUUGGCCCGCCGGAACCGGUCAAGGGAUCGACGUCUUACCGUUUGACGCUUUCGAUAACUCGAUCGACGCGUACAAGCCCGUGUGCACCUGUACCGGCUACCUGACGUCAGCAAACGCCCCCAUGGUCGUCAGCCAGUGCGCACUUGCGGAUAGCAGCUAUCACCUCUGGGACGGGAGCGAAACGCCGUUUGGAUACCUGUACAUGAUGCCGCCAAUCAAGGUCGCCGCAACUUACUCCCUGACGGUUAACAUAACCCAAACCGCUUACCCGGGGUACGUCAACACCUACACGCUCCCUGACCCGAUCGUGGUUAGCCCCGGUGACCCGAGCGCCGCGUUCACCAAGGCAUUCGGUCCCGGGGUUUCGUCAACCGGGGGCCAGGCGGGGAAGAACACCAGCUUCACGAUCGCGGUUAAGGACGCUUACAAUAACUCGGUCCCUAACCCGACUGGGGUGACCUACAAGAUCACGAAUCCAACCGGGGGUUUGAUCUACGGGACCCUGGUUGACAACGAAGACAGCACGCUAACCGUAACCUACAUGCCGCUCGCUACGGGCGUCCACAAGGUGGCCGUCUUUGUCAACAACGCCGCGGUCGGAAACGCGUUCCAGGUUACGAUAACCCCCCCGCUGACCAGCGCCGCCAAAACCACCGCCCUGCUUUCCGGUUCCGCCGCGCCGCUGACCGGCGGAACCCAGUACGCGAUCACCGCGGGAAAGGAUACGAAGCUUGUGGUGACGGCGUAUGAUAUCUACGGGAAAAAGCAGCUGGCGAAGAGCGACACGUUUACGGUGACGUUUACGCCCGCGACGGCUGUGGAUGGCGCUGCGACUGGAGCGAAGUGCUCGCAAGCGGUGAACAACAACGACGGAACGUACACCAUAACUUUCUCGGCGAACAAGGCCGUCUCAUCCUCCACUCCCGUCGUUUACUCGCUCGCCGUAACGCUCAACUCCGGCGACGGGGGUCCGGCGCCAAUCGCUGGCAGCCCCUUCCAGUUCACCGUCACCCCAGCUUCCGUCGACGCCGCCUCCUCUUCCCUGAUGACGCAAGACGCGUUCGGCAACCGGGGCAGCUACGCGCCCGGUUCGUUCUACAACGUGACCGGAACGGCAGUGACCAACUCCGUGAAGCCGAGCGGAAGCGGAUCCAGGCGCAGGCUCUUGCAGGCGGCCACGACAUCAAGCGCCGGUUCCGGCGCCCAGUUUUCCGUCGUCAACAACUACGACGGAACCUACUUGAUAACAAUGAUCACAACCCAGGCGGUCCCGUAUAACAUCACCUUUAGGGUUAACGGAGUCCCGGUCAAGAGUAACCAGCCGGGUGGGGUAACGUUCAAAAACCUGGUGGUUCCGUCCGGAAAAACGAAGAAGUCCGCUUUCACGGCCAGCGGAAACGGAAUCGGGACUGCGACGCUCAAAGCCGGCGACACCGCCCAGAUCGCCAUCCAGGCGCGCGAUCAGUACGGCAACCCGACCAUGGACGAUCUGACGUCACUCGCAGCCGGUCUGACGUCAUCCUUCCAGGUGCGCGUGGGAAGCAACACCAGCUUCGCCACCUUUUCGGACCCGUCCUCUCUAACUGUCUCACCGCCGGUCACUUGGAACCCCGUGAUGAUCGUCGUUCCGUUCACCGUUCUCAAGGCCGGAACGCUGGUCACGACGCUCGGUUUCGCGGACGGAACGAUUCUCCAGGGGAGCCCCUACUCGGGGACGGUUGUUCCGGGCGCUCCGUCUGCGGCGGGGUCCCUGGCAUCGGGCCCCGGGUUGAAGGGCGCGCUCGCGUGUUUUUCCGGCACAAAGUGCGUCCCCGCGAGCAUCUACCUCAUGCCUCAGGACGCGUACGGCAACCCGGUCAUGGGCGCCGCGACGGCCGCGGCCGCGCGCGCGACGAUGUGCGCGCGCUUCGGCGUGGUCUUCUCGGUUCCCGCGAGCAUCACCAAGCAGGCUCCGCAGCCGGACGCGAACAACACCGCGCGCUGCGUGGUGACGUAUACCGCGUCAGCCGCGGGGGACCAAACCUUGCAGGUCAGGUUUGACGGUAACUACGUGGUUAGCGGGGGGCAGUUCCCGAUAGCCGUGCAGUCGGGGACGGGCGCGGCGGACGCCUCGCAGUCGACCGUAACCGGAGACGGCAUCAACUCCGUCAUACUCGCCGGACAGUCCUACAAGCUCACCGUAACGCUGAGCGACGCCAACGGGCUGACGUUACAGACGGGUUUCGGGGCGACCGUCUCGGCGUCCGCGAAUUCCUCGGCGCUGAGCUUUGCGUUCGUGGACGCCCAAAACGGCCAGUUUGUUGCCAGCUUCAAGCCCGUGGUUAGCGGUGUGUUUGUCGUAACCGUCUCGGUUAACGGCAAGCCGAUCGGGGGUUAUCCCAGCGGGUUUAAGAUGAAGGUCGCCUCAGCCGCAACCAGCGCCUCCACAUCUACAGUCGCCCUCUUAAACCAGACCCUUUUCCAACGUAACCCUUCCCCCGAGACGCUUUCGGCAACCGGCAAGAUUACUUGGUUUCGGGCCCUGACGCCUUCUCGGUUUACCUAA